AAAAAGGAAGACAUGACCUGUAAGGUUUUGUGGGUUCCAGCUGCAAGUGGUAAAGGCUAUUUUAAUGAAUUGGGAAGCUUUUUCACUCAUACUGAUCAAGUCUCACAACCAGACACUGACAGAGGAAAAGAUUUGACUGAGUUAUGUCCACAGAUGCAUGAACACAAGCAGAAAAACGAGAGAGCAUGGCAGCUUACUGAGAUUCUUAAGGACUUGAACAUGAAUAUCAUUGAUGUUCCAUGCAGGAUUUAUGAAAAUAUCAAAGCCGUUCGCACGGAAAGUGAGUUGAGCCUCGUCACACCAGAAAGUGUUAUGCAGUUCCUGAAAUCCCACCCAGCUGACACAAAAGAUAGCUGUAAUCUUGAAUCUCUACCACAGGACCUAGAAGCCACAUCCCUAAAGAGCAUCAAAUCACUAAAAUUAUUGACAGAAUUCUGUGAAAUGCAUGCAACAUUUGGUUCUGAAUUGCAAUCUUUGCCACUUGCAUUGACUGAAUCACAGCGACUGCAUUGUUUUGAUGCUGAAAUAUCAUUGUUUGUGACAAUAUACACUGAUCUAUUUGUUAGAACACCUGAUGAGGUGUUGGAUAGAGGAAUCAGUUUGAUGUAUACAAAAUACCUCGAAGAAUCAGAUUGUAUAAAAGAUCUUGAUGUCACAUCAUUGGUAUGUUUGACUGAAAAGACAUUUUCUAGAGACGUUUUGCACACCGGCAAACCAGUCCAAUGGGACAACUCAGAAGAUCUGCCAACUAAGAAAUGGAUCUUUCAGUUUUGGGAUUAUUUGUCUCAUCAAAUGUGCAGUAUUAAGGAUGGAAAGACAUUUGACACACAUACGUUUUUGGCUGAACUUGAAGGCUGGUCACUGUUACCUGCUAGCAUUGAAAAGCAAGGGAAGAGCAUUCCUUUUCUAUAUCCAAUAAGGAAAGGCAAAUGUGUGAUUGUUGAUCCUGAUUCACAUGAUAAAUGUGCAACUGCUUUGAAAAAAAUGAAAGUUCCAAUACUUGAUGUGGACUUGUUACAUCAUUCUUUUCAGUAUUGUAAAAAUAUCAUCAAAGUAACUUCAUCUCUAGCUGCCAAAAUGGAGAAUCAUGAUGAAAUACUGAAAUUGUUAUCAGACAUUGAUUUCAGUGAUUCUCUUCAUAUUACAGCAGAAGACAGCUUGGCUGUUUUGGAAUACUUCAGUGUAAAUAUUAAAAAACUCAGUGACCUAAUUUGUGAACAGCCUGCACAGCAGUUACUUCGGAAACUUCCAUUCUAUCAGUCUAUGUGUGGACAGCAAGUUGCUUUACAAGAUGACAAUGAGGUGUCAGCAGUAGAACACUAUUAUGAUGUACCAUCUGAUGGUUUCGGUGAAUUGAUUAGGGCCUCUUGUAAAGUUUUAAUCAAGAAGAUUGUUCGAUGCAGAGGCGUUUUUGAGAAACUGUGCAUAAAGACACUGACACGAGAGGAACUGUAUGUUCAAAUCAUCCUUCCAAACUUUGAAUGUAUGCCAAGUUCAGCCCAACUUUUACAUUUGGAAUUCAUACGUGAUGUCAUAUUGCCUUGUAUGGAAGACCUAGGCGAUGUACAGCCACUAAAAGAUGAGUUGAAAAAAUUGAGAUUCAUUGAAGCAGGGGAGGGCUUACGUCAGUGUGCAAGUGAUUUUUAUAGUCCUUCCGAAGAGGUCUUCAAACAGAUGUGUAGCACAUCUGCAUUCCCACCACCACCAUAUGAUGAAGAGAAAUGGAAACCCUUUUUGGAAACUGCUGGUUUGACAACAGAUGUUAGUAUUGGACUCUAUUUAACCUUUGCUGAAGACGUUGAAGCCCUUGGUAGCACAGGUAUUACUGAAGACGUUAGCAACAAGUCUAAAGUGUUGUCAUCAUACUUAGCUAAGAAUCAUGGGAGAUUUAAAGGACAUCUGUCACAAAUUGGAAAGAUACAAUUUGUGUUACCUCAUACUGUUGGAAAAGAUUUAACAGAUAUACACCCUCAGCUGCAUGAGGGCAAACGUCUAGUUGCCUACUGCAAGUCACUCCAUCCUGACAACUGCCACUGUGUUUGGACAAGCUGUUCAAUAUUCCACGAGAAUGCAAGCCCAUCCUUGCGGGGAUGGAUACUAUGCACAAAUCACUUCUCUGAACUUGGCAUCAGAGCAAAACCAGAUCAUUCAGAUGUAACGAGACAUUUGAAAAACAUAUGCAGAUCUUUUAAAGAACUUCAGGACCAAAAUUCUGUUGAUAGUUUUUCCAAGUUAUGCCCUACAAUGGAACGUGUCAUGGAAUCUGUUUACAAACACUUGAAAGAGACAGGAGUCAGAGACUGGAUGAAGCAUGAGCUUCAAGAUGUUUGCACAGUCUAUAUUCCAGAAGAGGAAUGUAUGGUGCCAGCUUCAGAAGUUGUCACAACCAUCUGGCCUAAUGAGAUUGUAAAAGGAUAUGUGUAUGCAAUGCCACACACAUUAACAGGAUUUGGUCAAGUUCUCCUGGGUCUUGGUGCUUCAGAGAAGGCACAUGCUAACCUGUAUGCAUGUGUGCUGGAGAAACUGUACAAAAAGACACAAUCAGUGAAAGAAAAAGAUCUGUGUACAGCAGAGAAGGCCUUUUGCCUACUGUUUCAAUUUAUCGAAACGCAAAACAAGGACAAUUCAGCCACAUUAGAUGUACCAACAUUGUAUCUACCAGAUGCAAACUGGAGACUAAGAGACUCCUGCGAGCUGGUCUUCAUUGAUAAUGAUUCUUUCUCAGACAGAGUUCAGUCUCUUGGUUUGCAGUAUUUUCUGGGAUUUGAGCAAUUUCCAUACUUGAACAGGGAUCCACAAACUCACAUCAGCAUGCUACCGGAGCGUUAUCAGCUGAAGAUGCUGUCAUUUUUAGCCCAAGAAUUUGUCACUGAUGAAAGCAAAUUGAAAGCAUGUCCUCGUGAGUUAUCUCAGGGAUAUCUUGACAUUAUACAUGAUCCAGAUUUUGUUAGUGCCAUUGUGAGGCUGGUCAUUCAUACGCAGUUUUCAAAUCACAAUCAAAGUCUGGACCAAACUGAAGCAAGGACAAUGGAAGAAGAGUUAAGGAAGCUGGAAAUUCAUGAAGUUGAGAACCUACAAACAGUACUAAGACAGAAUGAUGGUAGUCAAGUACCUCAUAGCGAAAGGAAAAAGAGCUGCAUGGAAGAACACUUUAAUGCAAAAGUAUACCUUUUCAUUGACAAUGACAUUGACACAGACGGGUUAUGUGCUGCCUUGACAUCAACAAUUUGUUCUUUGACUUCAGAGGGAGAGAUUUCAAGAUGUCACAUAAAUCAUUUGUUAAAAUCUGACCCAGAAACCUACAAGGAGUAUUUGGAUGAACAGAGGGUAAGGACAUAUAAUUAUGAAUGCCAGCUGAGAGAAGACUAUUCUUUUCCUAUUCCUGGGAGAUCAAUCCCAGAAGAUAUGCACUGGCGUCUGGACAACAGCUUUCAUGACUUUGAUGAAUGGGAGUAUGUAGGACUGGAGGUUUAUGACCCUGUCGUUGACACCGAUGCUCCUGAUGAAGAGGGCAAACCUGAGUAUGUUUAUGCACUUGUAAAGAGAAUCCUGUCAAAGGAAACUUUAUUGGUCAGAGGGCAAUAUGUGGUUGCUCUUGAGAAUGGACAUCUUGAGACUAUAUGUGGUUCAAGGCUGUACAAAAUUAAGAGUGAAAACACUGCAAUAGUAGAAUUAUCUCAACAUGAACUACCAGAGGUGAAACCUAGAGACCUGAACACAGUAUUGAAGGAAAUCAGAAAUAUUCUGACAGAAACAUGGAAAACAAGUACUAGUAUGGAGGAAAGAAGACGGGUAAAGAAAAGAUUGUACUUGGCUUGGCAUCCAGACAAGAACAUUGGAAAUGAAGAUUUCUGUAUAAAAGUAUGUCACUAUAUUCAGUCAUACGUGACGAAACUUGAAAAUGGGCAGAGCAUAACUAAAGGUGGUGACGUCCCUGCAGAUGACACAGACUCAAGUUUCUUUGAACAUAUGGGGAGGAGAAGUUCACAUCAAAGGUCUCAGUACCAACAACACCAAGACCAAAGGGACACAUCCUACAAUCGUCACCACUCUGCUCAUCCUCAACCAGAAGAAGCAAGACGGUGGCUCAGACAGGCAAAAUAUGACUUGAGGUCAGCCAGGGACACUCUCCAACUUGAUAGAGACUAUAACUGGGUGUGCUUCAAAGCUCUCAAGGCAGCAGAGAAGGCUGUCACAUCAGCUUGGUACAACAGGGAUGCCCGCAAGGCACAGAGUCAACGGAAAAAGGGCAUCAUAAAAGCAGCUAGCAGGCUGGAAAAUGUCCAUUUAUCUGAGCUUGUGACUCAGCUUCAAAAUGUCGUAGGUGACGAUGACAGAAUGCUAUUUCCAGAUAGACUUGCCUGUCCAAAUAUACCAGCUGAUGUUUACACUGAGAAUACAGCGAGACAAGCAUGUGAACUUGCAGAACGAGUUCUCAAUCUCGCAGAAGAUAUGUAAGACUGCAGAGAAAACUGUGAUGUCAGUCUCGUACUACAGAUAUGAUGGCAAGGAAGAGAAGUUAUCAUGUACAGAACCUAUUUAGCACAGAGGUAGAUCUGAUCAAUUCCUUUUCUCUGAGGUGGUAACUUCGGCAAAAUGUCUGGAUAAACUGAGUUGCCCAACAAUUCCUGUCAAAAUAUACACAGAGAGAAUUCAAAGUUGCAGAAAGUAUUCUUGAUGUGGUGAGAGAGUUCUUGGGUCAGAUUAACCCUUUGUACAUAUUUCUUGAUUUGAUAAAGUUAAUACAUUUUGCUUUUUUAAUAAUAUGUUUGAAUAUUUCAGGAUCUGCAAAUAUUGUAUUUUGUUUUUAGAAGUAGUGUGGAAUAUUUCUUGCUUCAUUAAAUUGAUCAACUGUAUUGAUAAAUUUAGUAAACUUGAGUAAACAUUGCAAAAUGUGUCCAUAUUUCAGGUUUGCAAAUAUUGUAUUUUAUGUUCAGAAACAUAUUUUCAAUGUGUAUGUAAUUGAAGUUUUGAAAAAUGUAUCAAGUGUGUAAAUAUAUGUACAGAAAUUUAAUGAAAUGUUUACAAUGUGUAGAUAAUAAAGAAUUUGGAAACAUUACAUAUUGUGUAUAGUAAGGAAUUGACUUUGACAUUUGACAAACUGUUUCUUCACAAGAAAACAACUCUUGAAUUACAUGCAACAAUGUGUACAUAUUUUAGUGGAUCAGAGUAGAGUCAGACAUUUACAAUGUGUUUGGAUUUGAAGAUUUAGGUAAGAGUUGGAUCAAAAUGAACAUGUUCUGAAAAACAAAUUUUGUCAAUAGAAACAUAAAAUGAUACACCAAAUGCAAAUAUUUCUUGCUUCAUUAAAUUUUGAUCAGAUGUAUUAACCAAUUUAAGGAUUUUAAGUAAACAUUGCAAAAUUUGUUUACAUUUCAGGUUUGCAAAUAUUGUAUAUUACGUAAAGAAAAAAAGAGAGAAUUUGACAUAGUUACAAUAUGUCUAUAAUUGAAGAUUUGAAAAAUGUAUAUUGUGCGUAAUAUUAAAGAGGGAAACUGAAAUAAAUAUUUACAAUGUGUAGAUAAUUGAGAAUUUGGAAGCAUUUUAUAUUGUGUACAGUAAUAAAUUGGCUUUAACAAAAUGUAUCUAGUGUUAAAUUAACAGUUAAGACUUGAAUUUAAUUCAGCAAUGUGUACAUAUUUCAUCUUUUGAAAAAAAUCAAGUUGAUAGAAUAGAACAUUCAUAUUUUGUAUGCUUUUGAAGGCACAUCUUGUCAAUAGAAAAAGAAGUGAUAACCCAUAUUCAACCACUUGUACAUAUCUGUUGCUUUGUUGAAUACAUUGUGUAUAUUCAUGAAAAUGUGUGUAUGUUUUAGAAUGUACAAAAUGUGUAUUUUGUGUAUAGAAGUAGAUUAGAACUGACUCAAACAUUUACAAUGUGUGUGUGUAUUUGAAGACACAUUGAUCAUGUGUAUUGAUAACAUUUUAUGAACUUGAUCAAACACUGGAAAUGUGUGUAGAUUCAGGAUGUGCAAAUAGUGCAUUUUGUGUAUGGAAUUGGAUUACAAGUGAAUCAAACAUUUACACUGUAUAUGCAUUUGAGGAUGUAUCUUUUCAGUGGAAAUGGAAAUGAUUAAUCAUUUCCAAUAUUUCCUGAUUCCAUAAAUACAUCAUGUUUAUUUAUAAAAUGAUGAACUUGAUCAAACAUUGCAAUAUGUGUUUAUAUUUCAGGUUUUGUUACUAUAGUAUUUUGUUUAUGGAAAAAUAGGCGGAAUUAUAAACAAACAUUUACAAUGUGUAGGUAAUUGAAUAUAUUUAAAAAAUAGAUCUAGUGCAGAAGAAUUGAAUUGAAUGUGUAGAUAUUUGAGAAUUUGCAAACAUUACCUUUUAGAAGCAGGCAUGAAUUGGAUUAAAUAUUUGAUUGUAUAUACAUAUUGUUCAGAAUUUAAAAUACAGAUAUCCUGCUAGCUUUGCUCUAAGGCUGUACUGUGAGCUAAGCCCAUGCAUGUCUUGUAAUUAUUCUAUCCUUUAAAGAGGCAAGUCUAGCUAAGUGGACAUGACCCCAGUCUGUUAUUUAGAUUUUAUCAAACAGUGUGUACAUAUUUGAGGAUUUGAAAAUAUUAUAUCUUGUGUGUGACUCAAACAUUGACAAUGUGUAUGCAUUUGAAGACACAUAGAUGAUGUGUAUU